GGGAAAAAACUUUUCGGUCGGGCUCACAACUAAAAACACAUGGUGGCGAGGAAACGGGGCUGUAAGAAAACCCUUUUUUUUCCUCUCCGGGCUGUGAUGGUUGUUCGGACGCGGCACUGUUCGCGUUGCAGAGGAGGCUUUUUUUUCUCUCUCUCUCCUUCCUGGGGUCGCACAGGGAGAGCCAGCGGGCUGGAUCAGUUUAGCCGACUUGCUAGCUAACGUCAAGUUGUAAGAAAGUGGAGAAGACGGUGGCUAAACGGGGGUUAUCCGCCUACACCGACCUAUGCGACAGAUAGCAGGUGAGUGAUGGAGACGAGAGAGUUGACUGUGGUAGCUGGCAGCUUCGUGGGUUUCCAGCUACUCUUCUCAGUGGCCAGCCCGCGGCUCUCCUCUGCCAUCACGCCAGGUUAUGGACAGCUGUCUCCCACCAAAUCGACUGAGUGGAACUCCAGGUUGGUGUCGACUGUGCACGCUCUGAUUGUGGGCUUGUUCUGUCUUUACAUCCUGUGGUUUGAUGACGCGGUCAACGCAAACCCAGUCUGGGGUGACCCCAGUCUUGUCAAGCUAAAUGUAGCCAUAACCUGUGGUUACCUCCUUUAUGACCUUGUGCUCCUAGCUUGUAAUUGGAGCACAAUGGGGGACAGCUUUUUUGUCUGUCACCACUUGGCGGCGCUCUAUGCAUAUGGAUAUGUGCUGACUCGUGGCGUUCUUCCUUACUUUGCCAACUUUCGUCUCAUUUCAGAGUUAUCCACACCGUUUGUGAACCAAAGGUGGUUCUUUGAGGCAUUAAAUUACCCCCGCUCACACCGAAUGGUGGUGUCAAACGGCGUUGCCAUGGCGGUGGUGUUCUUCCUGGUACGCAUUGCUGUCAUGCCAUCUUACUGGGCCAGUGUAUUUGCCACCUUUGGCACCCCAGACUUUGAGCGGCUGGGUUUGGGUGCCCAGGUGGCCUGGAUCACCUCCUGCAUCGCUCUGGAUGUCUUGAACACUAUCUGGAUGUACAAGAUUGCCCGUGGCUGCUACAAAGUCUUGACUGGGAAAGGAGGGCGAAAGAUUAAAGAAAGAGCAGAGGCGUCACCUUCCUCAGAUAGGAAGUAUGUCAACAACCACAUAGACUAAAGACACGUAGAGUUAAAGGAUGUGUAGACAGGGAGAGAGGCUGGACACCCAGGAACCUCACAGCCUCUCUCUUUUGCUAUAGCCUCAGCGUCCUUCCGAACCCCGCUCUCGAAUCCCCAAUUUUAGCCUUUGAUCUCACUGCAGUUGGCUAGUGGACCGGGAUAAGAGUCCUCAGGUGACGCCGACACAGGACAAGGAGACUGCUUUUUGACUCACUCAAGCACCAGCCUUUGCAGCCUCAGUGUUUUCACUGACAGAUUAGUAUCCUGCUGGGUGAUAGCUUUUGGUCGCAGACGACAAGGUAGAGCUCACAAGCACACGUCUGUCACUCGCCUGUUUUGCCCACUACCACCGCUCCUCUCUCAUCUCCUCUCAGUCUCCUCUCACGCUCAACUUCAGCCAAAGCCCGAUCCUCUGAAGUGCCUGUGAAAGACAGGAAAGCAAUAAUAUAGGAGGAAUAAGAUCACAAAGUUUAACAAAGCUCAGCCCCUUCAGACAACAACCAUCUCUCGCUCGCUGGCGCUCCUGAAUGACUGGAGGCCUCUUCUGUUGUUCAUUUUCCGUCCACACUCGAGGAGACGUGGCCUACAGAGCGAAGAACUCUCCCAUCAGACUCAUACAGUGUUUGUGAAUCUAUAGGGCUCUUGUCUUAAACUCAUCAGACCUCACAAAAAGAGACAGAAAAACACCAUAAUGCCUCUUCUACAGUAUCACCUGCUGUGGCCUCCUUGUAACACGUGGCGCCUGCCUAUAUCACCAGCCAUGCCCCUCCAGACUCCUUAGAAUUUGGAUCAUGUAUUUAAAAAACGGAGACAGACACACUCUCUAACAUCCUUAGUUUCUCACAGGACGAUUUUUGCCUUUUUUUCAGUAUUCUUGGUGUUAGCAGCACUGUGCUGUAUGUGGCUCUCUUUAUUCUCUUAAUUUUACACAGUGUCAAGUCCUUAGCAGUCACAGUAACAUGUCUAACUCAUAUUACAUCCAUUGCAACCCUCUGCCUCACUGGAUAGAGCUCCUCUAUCCAGCUCGAACAUUUGGUUUUGUUCUACCUCCCCCCCCCCAGUCUUUGUCAGUCCUUUCAUCAUGAGUUAAUUAACUUUUUUUUUUUUGUACUGUACUGUAGGUAGCCUUUAAAAUGUUAACUUUUGUGAUAUCACUGGUUCAGAGGGGCUUCUCCUUCUUAACUGUCCGAACUGUCUUUAGAGCUUAUCCCAGGCAGUGCAGCAACAUCACUUUUCUCACUAAACUGUCCAGUCAGUGCAUCUUUCUAGAGAAACACUUCCCUUUAUCUCCUCUGCUCUCUGUGACUCUGAGAUCCUAAAAGAGGAAGGGAGCGAAACAAGUUCACACACAUGCACACAUACACACACACGCUCACACACAUCCACUUGUGGAUGUGCAAGUUUGCACAUGCAUAGCAUAGCAUGCAAAAUAUACACUAUAUUUGGUGCCCUUCUACAACACCGACAUGGUGCUCUUCCUUUUGCUGAAUGUUAGCAGUAUGGCAUUUCUCAAAGUUCUUUGUCUAAUUAUCAGAUUCAUUUCGGAAGUACCAAUCUGUGACAACAAUAUGCUGUUGAAAGCAAUGUGGCAAUCUGCAUGUUUGUUUGUUUUUUUGUGUAAACAACAAAAUAACACUAUAACGCAUGGAAAGAUUGACAUAUUUCUGCAAAGCCUUAGUGAAUAGUUAAGAUAGAUGAAUAACAUCUAAAUAUUAAUUGCAUUAAUCCAAUGCUGAAAAGGGUUUGUCUUCCAAAAGUGCAUGUCUUUUUGAUUCCUUUCUCCUCUCCCUGCAUGUCUGAACAGUAUAUACACAUACAGUAACUGUGCAGGACUGUAUGGCUAAUUCACUAAUGCUUAUCACAUUCUCUGUGUGACAGCUGGCAUUACUUGGUUUUACAACUUUAUUUAUACUUCCUGUUGUAGAGUCCGCUGUUAGCAGAUGCCAGUAACUACAUAGCUGAUAUCACGACAGACAGAAACACAUGAGGAUGUUUCAGAUUUGGCUUUCGCCACACAAAUACACUAGAAAUGGAUGAUAGGAAAUGACAUCUACAGAUUGUGAGUUUGUACUCUGUUCACAUUUUUUACUCUUGUUUCCUUUUUGCUUAAAAGAGUACCCCACCGAUUUAGCAUUGCACUCCAAUGACAUGGUCGGGCUCGUAAUGUUGAUGUCAGGGACAGGUUUCUUUUUUAUUAUUAAAAAAGGAUAAAAAUCGAUGCAGUAGACUAGAAGAUAACAGCCAGGUUUCCAUCCAAAUGUAGCACAAAUUUAAAUCAAAUUCCAACAAUAAAUCUGCAGGAAAUCAUUAAUGAAUGUGUUUUUAUCCACCACUGUUAUGUGAAUAUUAGGAGAUGAUACAAGGAGAAGAGCUGGUGGAGCUAACUCCACCCUCAGUUCUAUAAGAUAACAUGCUUUAAAAGCACCACUCAAACCUCAAACAGCGGAAAACAAUUUAGAAAGCAUUUCUGAUUUUUCUUACAUGUCUUAGUUUGCUGAAGGUUACAGUCUCCUCUCCUACACGCACAUCAGGUGGCUUUUGUCAGUGAAGCAGAAGCAUGAGUGAUGUUUCAGUCACGUGCUUCACGUAGGUCAUUACUGAGUCUGUUUCCUUUGCACCCCUAUUGUAAUAUAGUAUCAAGUUUUGGCACAAACUGAAAAUGCAUAUUAGAGACAGGUGGUGUUUUUUUUAUUAUUCCAUUCAGUAUUCUUUCUUGUGAAAAUCUGGUGCCUAAUUUGUCCACAAUGCAACGCGACCACCACUUUUUGGAGUUUUGGGGUGUGUUGUACUAGUAGCGGCUGAUGAAGCCUCAAACAGAGAUGAGGAGCGGGAUACAGAAGUCUAAUAAAGUGUUUCUGACUCCAUGCCCCUAGUUUUCCUUCUAGUUUUCAGCUGACUCGAGUGACAUCAUUUGAGGCAGUUUAUCAAACUUUGCACAGCUCCUUUUGGAGCCACUAAAGGCUUUAUACGAUACACGCAGUGCACCCCAAACACCCGGCAACCAACUUUGAUGCAUAAAAUCGGUGGAGUUCCCAUUUAAGUCCUGGUCUCUGUAGUCGCCUAGAUAGUUAUAAUAGUCGGAGAAUGUCUGGUGUUUUCACUGUGGAACUAUAAAGCACACUCCCUGUGGAGCAAUAACUCAGCGAUCUCCUGUAUUUCUGUCUGUCACCACAGAGGAGGGGCUACAGUAACUUGUGCCUUUACACAAAUUGGUGGAUGUGAUGCAGUCAGAUUUGGAUUAGCAUGAUCUUUCUAAUGUAAUAUCCAGUGAUUAUCUUGUCUAUAUUCCUAUGUAUACUCUAUGUGUAUAUUUUUAUAAUCUGCCUGCACAAUGAUUAAUCCGGCCAAGUAUUAUAAUCCAAAGCUGAGCCCUCUCGGGGAGCCUGUUUUUGUGUUGAUUUUCGUGCGCUCCUGAAUACAGGGACAUGUCUCUGUGAAUGUUGUGAUGGGUCAUUUAGUGGCAUUAAGAUGAGCUUGCAGUGUCCAAUGUGAUGAGAAUGGAAAUCAAACUAUAUUUUUUGACAUAAGCUCUUGCAGAUAAACAGAUAGUUAACAGGAAGGCUGACAUCUCAUUUCUCUGGCCUUCUAAACUCAAAACUGUGAAUAGUUGUAGAAUUAAACUGUAACGUCGUUCAGUCAAGGAACUAAAAUAAUUUGACUGCAGUGGGGGAGAUUUUACUGAGACUGGCUGAGCACUGAUGUUGAUCCACUUCUUGUAGCAUCAUCCUGUGCUUUGUGGAUGUCUCUGGGUUUAAGGCUUAUGGUUCAGACAAACUGUUGAACAGAGUUUUUGUACUUGUCAGGAUUUUCUAGAGAAUAUAUUUCAAGACCUGAUAUUUGUGCUGUAUGUCACACCCUGGGGCUGUUUGGAAAUCGACAGAAUGAAUUAAUAGUUGAUGAAUUUGAUAAGGCUGCUAUUGUAAGGCCAUGAUGUUUAUUUAAUCUGUGCUAAGUUUUGUAUCAGGUUAGAACAACCCAAUUGCCUUUGUUUCUUUGGGGAGGCCAAUGUUCAUUAUAUUACAUAAUGAAUAUAUUUAAAUAUAUAUCAAAAAGGUAUAUACGAAUCACCUCAAUUCCCUGGUCUGAGACUGAGUAUUGAUCUCUUAGGUACAUCAUAACAAAGCUGCAUUAAAAUUGGUACUUAAACAGUAUAUUGUGCUGGUUCUCUCAUGGUUACACAUGGUACUAAACUGAACUGUUGUCUCUGUCCCAUUUUUGUUCUUCGUAAAUCCUUUAAUUUCAAGUUCGAUCCUAGGUAUACAAUAAUACAGGAUGGACUGAAUCUCAGUGUAUCAUGGAUGGAGCCAUUUGUAUAAAUGGUCAAGAUUGACUGGAAAACUUUAAAUCAAAUGAUUUGCCAGUUUCUUUGGGUUAUUUUUUUUUUUUCUUUUGAAUGACUCGCCAGUGUGGUCUCAUGUUUCUUCCCUUGUCUAUUUUUAUUUUGUCUCUUAAUGCAAUGCAGUUUCUUGUUAUGAUCUGUUUUGUUUUUUUUUUUCUGGAGAUUUUAAUGUGAAACAGCCUACACUACACACUGGCCUUAGGGUCCUUGUCUGAGCAUUACCUUGUGACCACUACUAAUGAUCAUGUAAUUGUAGUGCUGAACGCUGAGACUUACUUGAAAGUGUUGCUCUUCAAUAAAGUUGAAGACAAGAAAAAAA